AUGAAGGCAAUUAACUUAUACUUUGCCAUCAGCGCAUUAAUGUCCAAAGUCUUAUGUCUCUCGGAACGUAUCAAGCAUGGAGAAAUCCUGUAUCUGGUCUUUGACCAACAGUUUCCUGCUAACGAUAAAGGUAGCAUAUCUGAUUUUUUUCAAAUAAUGAAAAAUCCGUCCAUGGGAGCUGGUGAUAACAUGUUACAUUGCAAGAACUUAACCGGGCACAACCUUCGGAUUGUCAAUUCGGAGUACGAAUAUUUCAGCUUCCCGCCAUAUUCUGAGAUGGAGAUUCCCUGCUCUUAUAAAAAAACAGUGAUGGUAGCAACUUUCGAUCCUGUAGUGCCUCUUGACCAGGAGAUGUUCGAAAGAAUCGAGAGUCUUGCGAGGGAACAAGAAUAUAAAUGA